CUGAAUUCAAACCUAUCCUCCGUACUCUUCUCCAUUCAACAUGAACGUCUGGCCAAUUGUCGUCCAAGUGGGCCAGAGGUCCAGUCGUACGAUAAACAUGUCAGCGCUCAAUCGCGCCUAUGCCAACCUAGCGUACAACACGACCUCACAGCCAACCAAUGGAGAAGUCCCAACCCUAGAUAGAAAGCUUGGCUCUCUCGAGGAGCGUAUUCAGGCACGUCGGGAUGCACUUGGUACACACAUACGCUCAGAGGAACAACAAAAAUAUGCUCAGUCUUCGAUAGAAGCCGGCAGUACCGUAGAUGGAUCUAAAUCUGCAAAGAAGGGCAUAAUGUCUAUCCUACCUGGAAUUAAUAACGCUUCAAAAUGGAUCAAGCAGCCUUCAGUCGCCGAUCCUGAGUUUGAGGUUGUUAGUGCCGGGCUAGGAUCAAUGCUUCAUGUUAGACUUCCUUCGCGCUCUGAACUUUAUGCUGCCCCUGGCGCUGCUGUCGGAAGUUCAGCGGAGGUUGAAUCUGAACUAUCGACCGCUUCCAACCCAUUAAAAGCCUUAGGAAGACGCUUAGCGGGAGGCUCUUUAUAUUUUCAAAAGUUCAGUACAUCCAUGGUGGCUGGAGAUGUCCUAUUAGCACCUCAGUACAUGUCUGAUAUUGCAGCUAUUCGCAUGGAUGGCACAUCAGAGUACUAUAUUAGACGAGAUUCUUUCUUAGCAAGGAGUCCACGAGUGAUUCUUCAAUUGGGAUUAGCCAAGGCUGGAUUAGGCGUUACUAAUUUUUUUGCACAUCGUGUCACGGGUCGUGGCACACUUGCCAUUGCCAGCUACGGAGGAAUCUACCGUCUGGUAUUGGCGCCAAAUGAGGAGUAUCUUGUCAAUCCAAGACAUUUGAUUGCAUGGGAAGCUGGCUCAUCUCCCACUGCGUCACGUCUUGCGAUUGAUCCAACUCAUCAAGUCGAACCAGAAACUCGUACAUCCAAAAUCCUUUCCAAUCCCUAUGUCGCAUCUACAUUGAAUAUUGCUUCACGUGCAGCCGAGCGCAUUGGAAAUGUGUUUUUUGGGAGACAGGAAUUUGUUCGCUUGCAAGGUCCAGGAGAUUUUUAUCUUUGUAGUCGAGUUCGCCCUAGCACUGAGGUCCUGAAGCAGUUGACUUCGUCUGUGUCUAAGCUUCCAGUCGUUUUUCCUGCCCCCGUUGCCCCUGCUCCACCCAAGCCUACAACGCCACCUAACACCUUUGCAACGGUUACACGAGAUGGUCAUGUCACUAUCAGUAAGAGUAAUGUAUCUUCCACUAGCUCAUCGGCAUCUGCAUCUCCAUCUACUCCUCUCUCAGGAUCCAUCCCACAGAUCAAACAUCAUGUGCUUGAACGCUCCGAAGGGACAACUAUCUCCAAACGUGAGACUAGCAGCUCGUAGGUUAUGUGUUCUUUUGGUCGGUGCAACUACUACAGCACUAGAAUAAUCAG